AUGGGAAAUGUGCAUGUCGUGAUUAGGAGAUUCCAGCCCUCAGACUUUGAAGCAGUGAAAACAAUAUUUCAAGAUGGAGCCCAGGAGCACAUUAUUCCUUUAUUCACCUCUGCAAUUUCCCAGCCUCUCCACAUUACUCUGACACUGUGCUGCUGUAUUGUGGGCUAUAUACUGAGUGGAGAAUCGUUUGGUCUGGCUCUGCUAGCUGGAGCAUCCUGGAUUGGUCUGUUGUUUUACUGCUGCUAUGAGUUCUUCAUGGGGUAUGUCCGACUAAAGCUGUGCACAGACAUGCGGGACAUUACAGGCUUCUACAUUAAAAACCCAGACAACUGCUUCUGGGUUGCAGAAGCUGAGGUCAACGGGCGAUCCCAGAUAGUUGGUAUGGUGGCUGUAGAGGGUAAAAAAAUUCCAAAUAGACACGGGCAAAAGUACGGAGCACUUUUCCGAAUGUAUGUUUCUUCUAAGUGUCGUAACAUUGGUCUCGGGUCACGCCUGGGGAAAGUAGCUGUGGACUUUUGUAGAGAACGCGGCUACUCAAAGGUUGUGCUUGAAACUAGCUCUGUUCAGAGGGCAGCUAUCGCCCUUUACAUUAAGAUGGGCUUUACACUCAUGGAAACCUCCACACACGAUGAAGUUCCUUGGUGGAUCAUCAGGCUGAGCAGAGUUACCAUUCUGAAAAUGGAGAAAGUCCUUUAA